AAAAGCCCAGUUGGCCCAUUAGCUCAGUGUGACCACAGCUAGUCAGCAACCACGAGCCAUGGAGCCAGCCGCCGCCGCCGCCGCCGUCACGGCCGCCGUCGACCUGUCCACGGCGGCCGCCGACCUCGGCAGGGUGCACCUCCUCCCCUGCGGCAUCAAGCAGAACGGCGCCGCCGCCGUCUCCGACUACUUCAAGCCCAAGGACACAGGUGUGGAGGUGGAGGGGAUUAGGGUGGAGGAGGCCUUCUUCCGCGGGAGGAAGCUGCAGGGCGCCACCAUCUCGCUCCCGGAUGGCUACCGAGGUUAUGUAUUGGAGAAGAGGAGUGGAGGAAAGGAUAUGAAGAAGCUGGAGGGGGAGGUUAGCAAUUUCAAAUCCCGUGCGGAGUUUCAAAACAUAACAUAUUGGAAUCAUGAUACCACACCAUCGGCAGAGGAUCCCCUACCGCGGUGCUUUCAUUUGCUAACCGUUGCUAAUGCUAUGCACAAGCCAGUGACCGCUGAAGAGAUGGCUUACAUGUCCGCAAUGCAGAAUCAGAGCAGUUAACAGAGAUUCAUGACAUGAUGAAGCUGCAAUUUCACAUGAUAUGACUGCAGCAUUUGUAACAAAAAAGCUACUAGCUAUUCAGUAGUUUCCAUCAGCUGAACCAUCCUGACUAUCAACCAAUCUAGCAAGCAAUCUACUAUUUCAGUGUCAAGUCCCAACUGAAUCAGAGAUUAGUAGCUGUGAGAAUUUGAAUGCCGGAUACUCUGCUUCCGGUGACCAGGCUUAUGUUACAUGCAAGAAAAUUCGCAUCAAAUGUUCUAGUACUGUUUUUGAGUAAUUUUAGCUUAGGACUCUGAACCUGCAUCGGUUACUCUGUACUAGUAUGUCAGUAACCUGUAAUGUUUGAACAGUGAUCCAGACUGUACGCUCUACUUGACGUGUUGUAAUGUUUUGGGGGAAAACACUAUCAUCCCUUAAUAUGUUGUUCAAAUAUUCUAAACAUAUGCUAUAUUUCAUCUGAGUGCUAUGUAUCAGGAA